AUGCAAAUGCUUCUUGCACUUCGUCAGGACAAGAGGAAAGCCCAUGCUGAUCUCUCGAGAGCCUCCUUCAUUUGCUGGUAUCUUUGGCGCGCGAGAAAUGAGUUGGUUUUCAACGGUAAGGCGUGGACUCCUACAGAGGUCCUUAUUGUUGCUGAGAAGGCUUUUCAGGAGUUUGCAGCGGCUACCUUGAUGCCGGGUGGACUACCUCCAGCUUCGUUUGUUGGCACCCCCCAGACUUGCCAACACUGGGAACCCCCACCGGUGGGAGUAAUCAAGGUAAACUGUGAUGCAGUGUUACCAAAAGGUAAAGCAAAGGGUGGUUUGGGUCUAAUUUUUCGAGAUCAUACUGGAGCUCAAUGCAUGGCGAGGUCCAUCCCUCAUAAUUUUGGUACUAUUAUUCAAGGGGAGGUUCUUGCAAUUCGUAGUGCUCUGUUGGCAGCAUUGGAGUGGGGCUUUGAGAAUAUUCUCGUUGAGACCGACAGCAGGGAUGCAGUCUUGUUUAUUGAAGGUGGGAAAAGCCCAGUGGUGGAAGUGGAGGACUUGAUAGCUGAUGUGGCCAGGCUCUUACCUUCCUUCUCCUCUGUUGCUUUUUCGUUUGUUCCUAGGGCUAUGAAUGUUGUCUCAAAUGCCCUACCAAGGAAGGCCCUGUCUCUUGUGUGUGUGACAGAUUGGCCGAAUUCCAUUCGGUGGCUUCAUGAUCUUUGUGUUCUUGAUGCCACUAGUUGUACACACCCCCAUCAUCAGUAA